GGGGCUGGAGCUCAAAACCAGAAUGAAAUAAUGAAAUAAGCUUUUUUCAAACCUUGUGAGUGAUUUAUUUUUUAUUCUGGUGAUUGUAAAUGUUAAUUCAGGGCGCACAGAAUUUCUGGAAGAAAUGUACCUUUGGAUAGCAACCAUGGUAGCCCUUUGAAUUUAAGUCAAAUGAGUUUGUUGAGAUGUUUUUCUGUGUUCUUAAGUCUUAACCCUGUUUAACCACAUUUAAGAUAUUAGAGAAGCUGAAUUUCACAUUUGACUAUGAGUUUCUAUGACACAUGAAAUGUAGGUGUAACAUGAAAUGGAAGUGAUUUGAUAAAACAAUUACUUCUAUUACAUCUAAUAAAUGUUCUCUACAGGAUUUGAGUAUAAAGGUAGAAAUCAAGUAUUUUUAGCUUGCAAAUCUCUUCUUUAACUUUGGAACGUGAAUAUUCACGAAGAGGGGAAGCUUAUAAAUAUUGAUGAUGAAAUGCAUCAUUUUCAUCUGUGAAAUGGAACCUUAGGAAGGGCAGCAUUCUCUGGUGUGGGAGACAUGUUCAGCUUGCUGGGAGUGAACUCCUUCACAGGUAAGAACUGUAACAAACAUUUUGGGCCAUGCUGAGUAAAACGAGCUUUUAUUUGACCUCAUCUUCUUUAACCUUCAGGCAAAGCAAUAGAUGUCUUCAGAUCUAAGCCAGUUCUUUAGAAGACGCUUAUUCCUGCGUGUGCUUUUCUUUCCUGACAAGAAGCUGAAACAGCCGGUGUGUGUGGAGCCAUAAUGCACUGCAGCUGGCUGCAAUAGGAGACGUACUCAGAACACUCGGGGAAAUAAAAUAAUGCUAACGAGACAACCGCAUCCCUGAAGUUCAGGUUUUCAGGCUGGCUGCCAUUAUGGAUGAGCAGCAAGCUUUGAAUUCAAUCAUGCAGGAUUUGGCUGUGCUUCAUAAGGCCAGUCGUCCCGCACUGCCCCAGCAAGAAACAGGAAAACCAAAGUCAUCUUCACCUAAAAAACAGAAUGAUGUUAGAGUCAAAUUUGAACAUCGAGGUGAAAAAAGGAUACUCCAAUUACCCAGGCCUGUCAAACUUGAAGAUCUUGUAGCUAAAGCGAAGGUUGCUUUUGGACAGACUAUGGAUUUACAUUACUGCAAUAAUGAGCUUGUAAUUCCAUUAACCACACAGGAUGACCUGGACAAAGCUGUUGAACUGCUUGACCGUAGUGUUCAUAUGAAGAGCCUCAAGAUAUUGCUUGUCAUACAUGGAAAUACACAGUCACCCAGUGUAAAUAAUGUGGAGCCCCUACCCUCACUGGAAGAUUUAGAUAAUACAGUGUUCGGCGUGACAGAAAGGAAAAGGCGGCUUUCUGUAUUAGUAGGUUCUAAUAAUCGUGAUAGGAGUUCGCCUCCCCCAGGAUACAUUCCAGAUGAACUGCAUCAGGUGGCCCGAAAUGGGUCGUUCACCAGUAUCAACAGUGAGGGUGAAUUCAUUCCAGAAAGCAUGGAUCAGAUGCUGGAUCCACUCUCAUUGAGCAGUCCUGAAAAUUCUGGCUCAGGAAGCUGUCCCUCACUUGACAGCCCUUUAGAUGGAGACAACUAUCCCAAAUCUCGGAUGCCGAGAGCACAGAGCUAUCCAGAUAAUCAUCAGGAAUUCUCAGUAGAGUACGAUAUCCCAAUAUUUGAGAAGUUUGGCAAGGGGGGAACUUAUCCCCGAAGGUACCAUAUUUCAUAUCAUCAACAAGAUUACAACGACGGUCGUAAAACUUUUCCGAGGGCCAGGAGGACGCAGGGGAACAGCUUCCGGUCACCUGUUAGUUUCAGUCCCACUGAUCACUCACUGAGCACCAGUAGUGGGAGCAGCGUCUUCACACCAGAGUAUGAGGAUAACAGAAUGAGGAGGAGGGGGAGUGACAUUGACAAUCCUACCUUGACUGUCAUGGACAUCAGCCCACCCAGUCGCUCACCACGAGCUCCAACUAAUUGGAGACUUGGCAAACUGCUGGGUCAGGGUGCAUUUGGCAGAGUGUAUCUGUGUUACGAUGCUGAUACCGGAAGAGAACUGGCUGUUAAACAAGUACAGUUUGAUCCUGAUAGUCCAGAAACCAGCAAGGAAGUAAAUGCUCUUGAAUGUGAGAUUCAGUUGCUGAAAAAUCUGCUGCACGAGAGGAUCGUUCAGUACUACGGCUUCUUGAGGGACCCACCGGAGAGAACACUCUCUAUAUUCAUGGAAUAUAUGCCAGGGGGUUCCAUCAAAGACCAGUUAAAAUCGUAUGGAGCACUCACAGAGAAUGUGACUCGCAAAUACACGCGGCAGAUUUUAGAAGGAGUUCUCUAUUUGCACACAAACAUGAUUGUCCAUCGGGACAUUAAAGGAGCAAAUAUUCUGCGAGAUUCAGCGGGCAAUGUGAAGCUGGGUGACUUUGGUGCCAGCAAACGACUGCAGACCAUCUGUAUGUCUGGGACUGGGAUGAAGUCCGUCACAGGAACUCCAUACUGGAUGAGUCCAGAAGUUAUCAGUGGAGAAGGGUACGGCAGGAAAGCAGAUAUCUGGAGCGUAGGUUGUACAGUGGUAGAAAUGCUCACUGAGAAGCCCCCGUGGGCAGAAUUUGAAGCAAUGGCUGCCAUCUUUAAGAUUGCCACUCAGCCAACCAAUCCCCAGUUACCACCUCAUGUCUCAGACCAUGCUCGGGAUUUCCUGAAAAGGAUUUUUAUCGAGGCCAAGCUGCGACCAUUUGCAGAUGAACUGCUAAGACACACGUUUGCACACUAUCACUAACAGCCUGCCUCAACUCAGCUUGCGUCUGCUGCGUUUAUUUUCUAUUUGACUGCACUUUUAUUUUUUAUUUUUUACAAAAAGGAGAAAAAAAGACAAGAGAGAGAAGGCGUUCUCUUGAAUCUUUGUUUCACUUAGAUUGUAAGCAAUCUAAAUUUUGUAUCUAAAAUGAGAAUCUUCCCUUCCCUGCUCCCACCGGGACUAGAACUCCUUGUUUCUAUAAUGUACUGAUGUGGUUCAUGUAGAUAAAGCACUUUAGUACAUAUUUGCUCCUUAUUUAAAGAGGGAAAAAUAAUAGAAGUGAUUGGACAGUCAGGAACUGUGUGUUUUUUUUUCCGACACCGCUGACUGACUCAGGGUGCAGGGAAAACAGACAUGCAGCCAGGGGACGAGAAGGUUACUCCUCUGUGAUCCAUUGUUACGUUACAGGUACUUGCAGCGGAGAGUUCUAAGUUCUUAUAUGUUAGCAGUUUAAUGAGUUUCUGCCUUGUGUAAUUUAAGCGGGAUCACAUGGUUCUGAGAGUUAAUUUUAACGCUGGAAGAACUUGGAAUUCUUCGUACAAAAGCGUGUUUUGACUGGUACUUCUGUGUGACCAAAAGAAAAAGAACAGCAACAAAAAAGAACUCAACGCUGGUGACCGAGUUCUACACCAAAAUCUCUAUCGUAUAUUCUUAACAGGAAAAGAAUUGCAGGUAAACAGAUGAUGGACCCGGAUCCUAGGAACUACUGUACUGCAAGGGGAAUAUUUCCAUAGUAGGAAAGAGUCAGCUGCUGGAUGUAAAUAUUUAGGAGAAUGUCUCCUGCUGUAUCUGCCAAAGAAAAUCCUCCGUUACAUACAUUUGCAGGGAGACUAUCAUGUUAGAUAAGAAAUAUUAGAGGUGUUGAGAGAGAAUUCUCCUCCAUGGUGCCAUGAAUGUCUGGGGGAAAUGGAGUGACUGAUCCUUCUGCAGUAUGAAUUACGUGAUUCAUAACGACCUGUAGGAAAUAAUGGCUUCAAAGCUGUUGAGGGGCGCUAGGAUGGAAUGUAUGUCAACAUCAAGUGCCUAAAGAAUAUCAAAUCCUUCCCCUUAUGCACUCUAAGCAUCGCUUUAGUAACACAGUUCAGUCAUCCAGGAUGUGUUUUAAAAAGUCCUACAAUAAAAUUGAACUUCUUUUAGCAUUAGGAAUAAGUCACAGAGAAGAAAGACCCCACUUUAUUUUUCAUAAGGUAACGAUGAUCAAGGAGGCACAGCACAAAGCUGUGUGAAGGAGAGGCUCGAAGCACAGAGCCCCAGCAAUCAAAUAGCGUGAGCACGCUUACCCCAGCCUGAUAACCCGGCUAUCAGUGUUCUUCAGCUUCCCAGCUGUCACGAGAUGAACAUUAAUCAACUUCUUCUUUUUCUCAAAGAAAAUAAUAAAAGAACAAAGGAGAAACUCUGAAUUGGAGCUUCUCAAUCGAGAAGUCCUGGUACUGAUGAGAGGCAGUUAGUGACUGAAUUUCAUAGCAGAAAAGUCAAACUCUCCUAUUUCUGUGGAACACAACAUAAAUAACUUAAAAAGGGAAUUUGGAAAUAAACGAUUGGACUACAGAACUGAGUUAAUGUAUACGGCUUGGAUGAUUCAUUGUUUGCUUUUGUUUUAUAACAACAGACCAGGCUGACACUGUGAACCUUGUCCGCUCUGACAGGGCUGUGUUAUUGUCCCCAGGCCCUGCUGUGUUUGACAUCUUUAGAGGAACAGAAGAAUUACGAAGUGCAUGGAGGCAGAGUAGUAAAUUUGCCCAUCCUCACACUAAUAAACUCAUGGGAGUUCUGCUGACUUCCAAAUUCGGUACAGGCGUGUGAAUCUAUCCGAGCUGCUUUACCUGUAGAGGAGGAAGGAUGAGUUGUUGGCCAUCUCCUCUGAGGCUGAGUGGUGCCCUCUGCCAUUUCUUAGAGCUUUCCCCGACUUAAAUCGUUCUCAGCCAGGGGACACAACCACGCAAGGUUUUCUGAGCGUGGAAAGGACAGUCCUGACCAGGGACAGUUUAGGAGGUUGAAAGGGAGGUCUGCUCAUGCUGACUGACUUAGGAUUUCUCUGUCGCUGGAUAAAGGCUGUGAAAGCAGAUUGUGGGAAGAAUUUGUGCAUACUCUGCUGUAAAGGACCUUUUCUUUAUGAGCAGCAUUUAGUGAAAGCAAGGGAGGGAGGUUUAACACAGAGUGUAGCUUCUGUAGCUGAUUUAAAGAUCAGAUAAUUGAAACGAUUGCUUUUGAGCUGAUCGAGAGGGUCCUGAAACAGAGUCGAAAAUACAUGGGGAGAAAUCAGUUGUGGACAGUGAUAUCUGCAAAGGCAAGGAAACUUUGUGUUACUGAAAGAGGACUUUAAAGAGAAACAUAACCAGGUUUAUCUGUAACAUUCUUAACGUUUGAAGAUGCUCUUCUGAAAGGAUUCAUUGCUCUCUGAAGCUUGAACAUUUUCAGAAUCCUUUUUUCUAAUACCGAGUCCUUUUAGUGAGACAGUGCUGGCUCGUGUAUGUUGCAAUAUCACUUCUGUUGUUGUGAUCUUAAUACUGAGUAAUCCAAGUUGCUGCUUUUGUGCCUUUCCUCCUAAUGGCAUUCAGUCAUGACAAUGGGGAGCGUGUUGGAACUUGAAAAAAAAAGAAAUCAAUUUACACAAUGCAUUUCCCUUAAUUUAUUGAAAUACCCAGACACUGCUGAUGUAGAGACAGCGCUGUUAAAUGAAGAUGACUUGUGGUAGUUCCAGCAACGUUAGCAAAACGUUACUGACUUAGCCAGGAUUAGGCCUGAACUGUUCUAUUUACCCUACGGAAAACUUGUCUACUGACCUAAGAUUCUUGCAGUGAAUGGAGGUGAUGAUUGCCACAUGUAUUUUGAGCUAGAAGCUAAACUAGACUUUGCCCACGAGGUUGGCUGAUACUCGUACCCUUGCAUGUUGUACUUCAACGCUGUUGCGUUGUGGUAAUGUGGUAAGCCAGUCUGCAUUAAAUCAUGUAAUUCGUCUGUAUAUAGUGUCUGUAAAGCGCUUCAUUGACUACUGGCACGAUAAUGAACAAACUUCAGUUGUAACUGAGCGCAUGGAAUGGCACACGUACAGCUCUGUUGGCAGAGGCUUGCAGAGACUAAGUCCCUUCUCACCACUUCUGGUGUCUUACGUGUGAAAAUGGCAGCGUUUUAGAGUCCUCAAUUGUCUUUAAUUGUCAAAUCCAAUUACCAGAUAAUGCCAGUGACAAUAAGGCUGCUGCAGGGUUACGGUCUGUUUUCCUGUAAAAGCUGUUGCAAAGCCGUGCUCACCAAAAGUAAGAAUCCAGGUUCACAGUGAGUGUUUACAGAGGGCUGACUGAUCUGCUGAGGAGCUUCAGUGUCAUCUGUUCCAUGUUAUAAGGAAGAAAGGUUCAGCUGCUUCUCUAAUUUGGCUUUAAUGGUGUCACUCUCAGUCCUGUUAAGCAACAGGACUCCUCUCUCCUGGUAGAGCAGGACUGGAAGCUUCAGUCAUAUCAGAGCAAAUGGUUUUAUUCUUAGUUUGGGUGAUGGAAAUAUCUGUGCAAGGACUUGCUAGAUCCGUAUCUUGUUAAGUGAAUAGGUGCAUUUACAUUGACUUAGUCUUACUUUUUCAGCUUGAUUUGCAGUUCUCGUUGUAGCUUAACAGCUACAGAAAUGGGAAGUUACUUCUUUUCUCAGCUACUGCCGAUUGAAGCUGGGCUUUGAUGGUCCUUAGAGGCCCCUUCCAACUCAAAUGAUUCUCUGGUUCAGCUGUCUGCCUUAAUUCCAUUCAAACCGUAGUUUCACAUCGUUACACUGUGGCUGCCGUACAAUGCCAUGACUCCAAAGCGGUAUUGGAGCAUACCCUGCGCUGCCCCGAGCUGUGCUGGGAAGCGUGCUUAGAGUUAUCAGCUGCAUCCCACUUUGAAAUGGAGAACUUGUAAAAGUGAUUUUUGGAGCUGUUCCGGAGGUUUCAGAUGUGCACAUUGCAGACUGUAGGCUGCUCUGCAGACCAGAAAAUGGCUUAUCUCCAGCUCCAGCAGUGCUUUACAGCUGGCAUUUAGCCUGCCAGCUCAGGGUACCGGGCUCUGGGUUUCCUCUGGACUUCAUAGCGGGUGCGAAAUCAUAGUUGGUCCAUUUGUAAACGUGGUUCUGUGUUAACGACUGCCUGCUUUUGGUGCACAAGGAACAUUAUCUACCUAAAAGCAAAUCAACAGAUUUCUCAGCAAGGCUGAUGCUGUACUAUUAAUUCACUUCCAUUUCUGUUUGGAUAAGUGCCAGCCCUGCCAUUGUCCUGACUGAAAGCCACCUUGCAGCACCAUCGGUACAGUGCAGUGUGUGGCAGGCAGGUCUUUCAGGCAGCACAGAGAUUGUGUGACUGCAGCUUCAGAGCCUUGAGCAAAUUGGGCAGAGCUACAGUUAGUUAUUGUUAUCUUUAAGAUCUGUGCUGCAUACAGGGAAACAGAACUUGUGUGCUGUAAUGCAGCUCUGUACGGUUACUGCAAAAGCCAAGUAUUACAGCCAGUACCAUCUUCCUGCUGGUAACUUGUCUGUGUCAGUGACGAGGCUGCAGUGCACAGCCACACACCAUUACCAAAGCUUUCCUGAUAGUGACAGCCUGUGGGUUGGUGCUGCUGUAGGUACACGAAUAUCCACCAGGUACUGGUACGUGGUGACAGACACCUCCCGCAUUGAAAAGCUUUGUGUUAGAUGCUGCUUUGGUGUGCAGAACUCACACACCAUUAAAAUCAAGGGUUUGGGGUUUGUUUUUGGUUUGUUUUUUGUUUUUCUUGUUUAAGCUCUAUUUAAAUUAAUCAUAUUGAUGUAUACUGAAAAAAAAACGCGUAAGCAGGGUGACUAAACCUGGUGCCUUCUGUAGCCAGGCCUGAGCUUUGGGAUGUGUAUGGGACACCAUAAGGAAGGGGCUGUGACUUGCACUGCUGUGUGCCACAGCAUCUCCGAGCUGCUGAGAAGCAGCCUGACAUGAGAGCCAGGUGUCACCCACAGCCACGUGGGGGCAGAACUGCCACCAAGCUGGCUUCCAGAUCAAUACUCUUGGUCAGAAACAAAGGAACUCCUCUCUCUUUUUAGCACUGAGGAGCCGGGCUGUGCGAGGUGCAGCUCUGGGGCUGCACGGGGUCCCCUGUGUGGGUUGAGUCUAUCAGUGGGUACGUGUGUGUGCUCUGAAGGUGCAGUGCUGGCAGCCUCGCUUGGGCUAAACCUUUAGGUUUUUGUGAACUUACUUUAUGUUAAGGGGAGAGGAACUGGAUUAAAACACAUGGAAAUUGUAUCUCAUGGUUCAGUCCUUACUCUGAGUCCAGUGACGAGGGCUGCAGGUCAGGGCCCGCUGUGGGAACAUACAAGGAUACUUCACUCCAAAGUGGAAACACAUCAGAGGUUUCCAUGUCCCUUCCUUACAGCCCAUCCUCUUCCUCAAAGCUUAUCUCACAUGGGUUUAAAAACGAGGGUUAUCUUUAUGUUGCUGAGCAGGCGUUAGGCUGUCAGUCCCCAGUGCUGGUUUCCCAUCCAUCCCAGCUCACAGCCUGGGUUCAGUGCUUGGAUGUGGUGGUUCCUUGAAGCCUCGCCUGUCACCUCAGCCCCCCACAGCCACACGAUGGAGAAUCACUGUAAAUACUCGAGGAGCCGUAGAGCAGUCGGAGCGUAGACUUUGUUUCCAUGAAGCUCUGGAUACCAAUUUGUAUAUUCCUCUUGUACAUUUUUACGUAGCCAUUAAAUCCUCUAUUUAAUCUA